AAGGCGUGCCAGCUCCGAGUGUGUGGCUGCAGACCCUGGGCUCCGGGAGCGCGGGGGCCAAAGCCGUGGGCGGCUGAGGCACGUGCGGGUGACAUCGGUCCCGCUGAACAAAGGGACCUCCAGCCAGAGAGGCCGGAGCCCUGCCCCAUUCGUUUUGCCAUCCCCUCGGACUUGCAGCCUCACCUUGGGCCACUUCCAGCCAUGAAGCUCCUGUUGCUGACUCUGGCCGCUCUGCUGCUUUUGUCCCAGCUCACGCCAGGCGGCACCCAAAAAUGCUGGAAUCUUCAUGGCAGAUGCCGCCAGAAAUGCUCCAAGAGAGAAAGGGUCUAUGUUUACUGUACCAAUAAUAAACUGUGCUGUGUGAAGCCCAAGUUCCAGCCAAGAGAACAGCUAUGGCCAUUUUAAGUUCUUUGAAGCCUGAAGCCAUGAAAACACAGAUGGAGCUGCCCUGAGUCUGACCGCAGUGGAUUCCUAAAUUCUGUCAAUAAACACGUGUAGCUGAUCUCUG